AUGUCUUCUGCAGAUCUUCAAGGAUGCAACGGGGAACAAUGCUGGGUCAAUCUGUCUUCUGAUAUUCUGAGCUCUUCCUUCCUGCAAGGAGCAGAUGUCGAUGACCUAAACCGUAUCUACGAGGCCGAGUCUAAGCUUUUAGACCCCUGGGUUGAUUCCCCAGGUGAAAUCAGUACCUAUGACUGGAGAGACUACUUGGGCUAUCGAGAAUAUCAAAGAGCAUUUGUGGACUUUUUUGAGGACGAACUUGUCCGUCACGGAUAUGAUUGGAAGCAAGUCCUCGCAGAUUAUCUAUUCUCUGGGAAGGAGCCGUUAUUCAAUUCCCUUGUUGAUGACCUUGGUCACCCCUUAAUCCACCUCGCCUAUGCAUUCGAGAUGUCCAGCCGUGAAGUCGCCAUGGAAGCCCUAGCUCUUGCAGCUACGUGUUACGGGAAAAUGCAUAAGUAUAUAGACGAUCCUUCUUAUUCACAGGCAGAGUCUCUCUACUCUUCCACAUCCCUACUCGAGAUUCUGAGCAAGGUACGAGCCGACAAACAGUUCAACGGCCUCUUCGGAACCCCAGGUGACAACAACAUGGACACGAUUCUACGUCACCAUGAAGCCGCACUCCUCAAUCAUUGGAAUGCGUGGAAGAUUGAGGAUCCCGUGAAACAAUUUCGCGAAAGCCAGGAGCUCGCCGUGGCUCUUUUAGCCGCCACUCAAUCUCAAACAUCGGACAAGUAUGACUUUUUCCUCGUCCACACGUUGACAACCAGCCAUGCCGUCCGUAUUCUCCUACCACUUAUCCCAACACGGUUUCAAUACGCGCUCGUCAGGCAGUGGUGGCUUCUCACUCUGGUCGUAUACAUUGCGCAACUAAGACCGGAAAUAAAACUCGAACAGAUUGAGGACUACGAAUUGAAGGGAAGAGACUGGAAAUGGACGGCGCAGAAGGCCGUCAAGGGUGAACAUUCGACAGACGCGCACUAUGUCAAGGCAAUUCGCGCGUGUAAGGAAGCUGCUGCAACAUGGGGAGACCCGGAACAGUACUACUUAAAAGCAGCUGUCAAGUUCGGUGAGGAGUUCAAUGGUUGGGGAGGAUUUGUUUGA